UGCAAGAGUCUUAACGAGUAGUGAACAUAUGCGGAGUAUGGAAGAAAAACGUUUGAAACGUGAAAAACUAGAAGAAAAAGAAAGGCGGAGAAAUGACAGGGAGAUGCGGAGGGAAUUGAAGGAAAAAGCUAUGGCAGAGAAGAUGAAAGGUGUGGCGCCAGUGAAUAGGAUUGCGACAAGGAGCAGAUGUCAUUGUAAUACGCAGCCAAUCAUCGCCUCAUCAACAGUGUUUUGGGGGUGAGGGCUGUAAUUCUCCAUGCACUUCCGCUUCAUGUGUGUGAUGAUGGGGAGAACCUUCCGCAGACAAUGGUACCCAGGCUCAUUUUGUGAAG